AUGGCCUCUGCAGAGCCCCUGACGGCGCUGUCCCGCUGGUACCUCUACGCCAUCCAUGGCUACUUCUGCGAGGUGAUGUUCACCGCCGCCUGGGAGUUUGUGGUGAACUUUAAUUGGAAGUUUCCCGGCGUCACCAGCGUCUGGGCCCUCUUCAUCUACGGCACCUCGAUCCUCAUCGUGGAGAAGAUGUACCUGCGUCUGCGGGGGCGCUGCCACAUCCUGGUGCGCUGCCUCAUCUACACCCUCUGGACGUAUCUGUGGGAGUUCACCACGGGCUACAUCCUCCGCCAGUUUAAUGCCUGCCCCUGGGACUACUCCCAGUUUGACUUUGACUUCAUGGGUCUCAUCACUCUGGAGUACGCCGUGCCCUGGUUCUGCGGCGCCCUCAUCAUGGAGCAGUUUAUCAUCCGCAACACGCUCCGUCUUCGCUUUGAACAGCACGCCGAGCCCAGCGGGCCAACAGCCUCCCUGGCCUUGGCCAAUGGUCACGUCAAGACAGACUGAGGAGGGCGUUUGUGCAUGGAUGAUGGCCCUGGGGCUUCCUUGAUCAACCCAUGAACAAAAAAAUCAAAUGGAAGCUACUCUUCCUUAUCCAUGGCCUCUCCCUUGUGUGCCCAUCAGUACACACACACACCCACACACCAUGAUCACCACCGGAGGAGUGCGUGUGCGUGUGUGUUAGAGGUGAAGGGUAACUGAGCUCCGUGUGGGGGCACCGGGAGGAGGAUGGACGGGAAGGAUUCCCUAGCGUGAAACAGAAGAGCAGAAUUCCUAGGACUGAUCACAGUGAUCACUUUUGAAAAACAGCACCCUGAUCCAUUGACGCUGUGACUUUAAAAACUGGGUGACAGGUGGGGAGGCCCCAGAAGAGCCUUUGGGCCUCCCAUAUCCACUUCUUCUAGGGCUUUCCCACACUCACCACUACCCUUGGGUCUGGGUGAAGUUAGCAGUUGGCUUGUUUCAUUAGGCAAUAUUCAGGUGCUUGCUUGCAACCAAUACCUCCCACGGGGCCCAAGGAGCUAAAGGACUAAGAAGGAACUCAGCUAUGGCCAAGGGGCAGCUUGGCAGCUGUGCUCUGCCUGCACAGGAGACGGAGGCAAAGGCUCUAGACCUGCUGCCCCCUUCCCUGUAGCCCCAAGCUGCUUUCUUGGUGUUUUCUGGGGCACUCUGGUGCUGGAUCUCCAUCAAACUUGGACUUUUAGAGGACUUAAUCCUCAAGUGCUCCGUGGAGUUUUCCCCCUUUUCUCUCUCUCCUCUUAUUUUGGAACUACGAGUGACCUGCCUUUCUUGUCUCCUCCCCCAUACAAGCCAACACAAAAAUUCCAUAGAGAAAUCUUCUCCACUGCCCCUUCCCCUUCCCAAGAUGGGAAUUGUGGUUUUCUGCCCAUUUGCCACAUAUCCUAGGGAGACUACACAGGCAGCAUCUUCCUUCCCAAAUCUUCUACUGUGAAAGCAUCUGGCAUCAUGGCUACUGGGCUUGUGACAGUGUCCCCUGGUGCUGGCCCCCUUCUCUCUCCUCAUAGCCACCUCUCUAACAGCCUUGCUGGAGGUUGAAAACCCCCUGAAUCCAUGUGAGGAAAUGGGUCCAGUGGGACCUGAAGAGAUAGUGUCUUGUGACCUGAAAGAAUUUCUAAGAAGUUCCCCAA